CUAUAUAACCAACUCUGUGAGAACUGUGGGCACAAAUUUGGAGGAAAUGAGGAGCAAAUUGUGUUCAUCAAGAGAGCAAAUUCUGAGUCAUUAAGAGUUGCUUUGAAUUUGAGAAAUUAAUCGAUUUUGUAAGAGAUUGGAGUGGUGGGUAAUUCUUCACAAUCAAGCUCUUUCAAAAUUCUUAACGUGUUCCUUUUGUUUUGAGUUUGUUUUCUUAUGACAGCCAAGUGAUUUCGUCUUCUUCUACACCCAAGGAAGGAACACAUUGGUUCAAUGGAGGUCGACAUGUCUUCUUCAAGUUCAUGGAGUCCAGAUAGCUCUAUUAGUGCACAACGGUCUCUAUGGCUUCAAACAACUCUAUCAGAAAUGGACAAGAAGAUGAAGGCCAUGAUGUCCCUUUUGGAAGAAGAGAAUUCUUCAUCCAAAAUAGUUGAGAUUCAAUGCACAAGAAAAUCAGAACUCACACAAAUGCUUGAAGAGUUUAACAUGUCUUACCGUUCAUUGGCAGAGCAGCAUGAUCAGUUGAGGUGUAAAUCACAUUAUGCCCUUCAUUCAGGGUCUUUAUCUUCAUCUUCUAACUCCAGAGCAAUCAGAACAACCAGUGACAACCAGAAAGGAGUUGCAGAAAGCUUCACUGAUCCUAAACUGGCAGCGCUUGAUUCCCCCUCUGAUUCUAUCAUCGAAGAUCCAGAUGCUGAGUGUGAUCUUCAUAAUUUUGAUUUUGAUAUUGCAUACCUGAACAGGCUAGCUGAUGAAUUGUUGUCAACUGAACAAUGCAAGAUGAAUUUGGAGACAAAAAGUAUAAUUGAAGACAAUGAUAUGGAUAAAGGAACCGCAGAGUCCUCCAACAAAGAAGACAUUAAGAUGAAUGGCUCUGAAUUGGGUCCAGCUACAACUAGAGAUUUUGCUGCGGACAGUUCUAGAUGGGAGAAUACAUGGCCUGAGAUAAAAAUUCAGGUCACAAAGCUAAUGGUGGAGAAUCUGCGGCAGAAGGCUGAGUUGCUAAAGAGAAAUGAACGAAAGAGAAAAACCAUUAAUGGGCUCCGGGCAGAGAUUGAACGCUUAAAGAGCGAGAACAGGGCCCUUCAGAAUUGUACCAAGUUCUCAAAAGUUGUUAUGAAGCGCAGCCAAUCACACGUGUCAAGAUCAAAUGAAUCAAUUUUCAGCAUAGAGAAAUCGCCAGCGAUUGCCACAGAAGCACAGACCAUCCUUGAAAUAAUGGAAUCGCUUUAAAUCUCUAACAACAAUUCCGUUUUUAACGAUCAUGGAGAUCAAUUAAUUACAGUAUGAAGUCCCCACAAACCCUGAGAUUCCUAAUUAUCUGAAUUGUACUACCAGGGACCGAAUUCAUGAUUGCAAAGGCAAUGGCCAGCUUUUCACUAUGCUCGUAAUGUCAUUUUCUUCUCUUCCUCAUCUACGUCAUGAAGCAACAAAGCCAUAUUGGGUAAAUAGCAAACUUCUUCCAGCCUCACGUUUAGUUCCUCCAAAUACUUAUAGACCUUUUCGUGUUCAGGAUGCUCUGUAUUUCCAACCGAGAAUACAUGAACCUUCCCUCUUAGUUCAGCUAGACCGAAUCCAGAAAGUUUAGCCAGUUGAAGAUUCUUCAUAUGUAUUCUAGUCCGCUCAGCAUCUUCCCGCUUUCCAGCAAUAGCAUAUAUGUUGGAAGGUAAGACAUGGUAUCCGCAUUACUUGGGUCUAGUUCAAAUGAGUUCCUUGCAGCAAUCUCCCCAAGCUCCAGAUUCUUGUGAGUAUACAAGCCACGAGAAGUGAACCCAGACUACAAAAUCAGUCUUCAUCUUCAUCCUUUCAAUCAUAUUAUAAGCCUCCUUGAGAUGAUCAGCUCGCUAAAGAAGAUCAAUCACAGCCAUAAUGCUCAACCCCAGGCUCUACAUUAAAUUCACUAUCCAUAGUAUUUGACCAAUGCCAACCUUAUUUGACUAGACAGCAUGGCUGCAAGCCGCUAAAAUUGACACAAAAGUAUUAUAAUUAGUUCUGACCCCAGUCUUAUCAUUUCAUAAAACACUUCCAGAGCUUCUUUGGCAUGGCAAUGCAUUCCAUAACCAGCAAUCAUGGCAGUGCAGGACACGACAUUCUUCUCCCUCAUGCGAUUAAAUGCGUUCCUUGCCAAAUCCGUUCUUCCACAUUUGCAAUACAUGUCAAUAAUAGAAGUGCCCAAAAUCACACACUCCUCUAAAGUAUAUGAAGAGUAAUCAUUCACAAGUACCUGAUCAUGUACACACUAUUUUUUUGGUAAUCGAUAAUGUACACACUUGCCGAUAUGCAAAACUCCUAUAUGCAAAUAUCUAAUAAAACAGCAGACAAUGUCCACAAAUUGAAUUUGACAUCACAAUUGUUUACCAUUUCAUUAAAAUAUUCAGAGCCUCCCUGGCCAUUGGCCAAUCCAUUUUUGUGCAACAUUAGCAAUAACUGAAUUCCAAAAAAUCACAUCCUUUCCGGCCAUCCGUUAAUAACUUUCCCAGAGACAUCCACAUAACCGCAUUUCGCAUAGGCAUCCAUCAAAAUAUAGCCGACACCCCACAUCACUAUCGAACCGUCUCUUUGUCACAAAUCCAAGAACCCUUUCGUCACGCUCAUUUAAGUAACAUAAGAAGAAGCUGACAAAACAGAAACCGCAGCAACCGAAUCAAAUAAAGGCAAUCUCGUUCUUUUCACUAUCGCUCUCCUUAUUUAGAAACUCCUUAAAAUGCAAUAAAACUUCACGGGCAUAGUCGUCUUGGACGUACCCAGUUAGCAUGGAAGUCCAAGAAACAAUAUUUCUCCUGGUAUUUCGUCGAACAGUUUCCUCGCGUCACUCAAUUCACCGCAUUUCGAUUACUUGUCAGUAAGAGCUGAGAACACAAAAAGGUCUUCUUCAAAGCCGAAGACAAGUGCUUGUUGGUGGGCUUGUUUUCUCGAGUAAAGGUCGAGCAAAGCAGAGCAGGAUUUGAUAGUACAUGGGAAAGUAGAGCGAGUCGGUGAAAGAGAGAGCUUCCGCAUGGAAGAAAAAGCAAGAAGAGCUUCGACUGCGUCGGCGCUCCGAGUCAAGUCGGCAAUGAUGGAGUUCCAGGAGGAGACAUUGACUUUGUCGAUGUAUUAGUUGAACCAGGCAGUGAAAUUUGGGUGGGAUGAGUAGCGGCGGCUAUAGAGCUUGUACGAGACUCCCGCGAACACUGAAGUAAAAUUCCAACUCUUCGUUUAUUCUUUUUUUAUCGUAUUAACAUUUAAAUGAACAAUGUUAUUUUAAGAUUACUUUGGAAAAUGAAAUCAAAACUGAAUUAUUUUAAGGAAUUUCCAGCCAACGAAGUUCGCCGGUGUUGAGGAUGGCGAAGGUUUGCUUGGCAAAGGAUAUGAAAUCCUGAGUGAGAAUAUUUAGA